AUGAAAACACAGUGGAAAAUUCCAGUUUUCUUCUUUGUAUGCAGUUUCCUGGGAUCUUGGGCAUCGGCAGCUGUCAAGCGUCGCCCAAGAUUCCCUGUUAAUUCAAAUUCUAAUGGUGGAAAUGAACUCUGUCCAAAGGUCAGGAUUGGCCAAGAUGAUUUGCCAGGGUUUGACUUGAUUUCUCAGUUCCAGGUAGAUAAAGCAGCAUCUAGAAGAGCUAUUCAGAGGGUAGUGGGAUCAACUACAUUACAAGUGGCUUACAAACUGGGAAAUAAUGUAGACUUCAGGAUUCCAACAAGGGAUUUAUAUCCCAGUGGUCUGCCUGAAGAAUACUCCUUUUUAACUACCUUUCGGAUGACUGGAAGCACACUUGAAAAGAACUGGAGCAUUUGGCAGAUUCAGGAUUCCUCAGGGAAGGAGCAAGUUGGCGUGAAGAUUAAUGGCCAAACAAAAUCUGUUGCAUUUUCAUACAAGGGACUGGAUGGAAGUCUCCAAACUGCAACUUUUUCAAAUUUGCCUUCUUUGUUUGAUUCCCAAUGGCAUAAGAUCAUGAUUGGUGUGGAAAGGAGUAGUGCUACUCUUUUUGUUGAUUGCAACAGGAUUCAAUCCUUACCUAUAAAGCCAAGAGGCCAAAUUGAUGUUGAUGGCUUUGCUGUGCUGGGAAAACUUGCAGAUAAUCCUCAAGUUUCUGUUCCGUUUGAACUUCAGUGGAUGCUGAUUCAUUGUGACCCACUACGCCCCAGGAGAGAGACUUGCCAUGAGCUGCCAGUUCGGGUAACUCCCAGCGAGACCGCGGACCAGAGAGGUCCCCCAGGCGUGCAGGGGCCCCCGGGGCCCCCCGGCCCCCCUGGAGUUCCAGGCAUCGAUGGCAUCGACGGUGACCGAGGUCCCAAGGGUCCCCCGGGCCCCCCGGGUCCUGCAGGAGAACCGGGCAAGCCAGGAGCUCCGGGCAAGCCGGGCACGCCGGGCGCGGACGGAUUAACAGGACCUGAUGGAUCCCCUGGUUCUGUCGGACCAAGAGGACAAAAAGGAGAACCUGGUGUUCCUGGAUCUCGGGGAUUUCCAGGCCGUGGUAUUCCUGGGCCUCCCGGCCCUCCUGGGGCAGCAGGGCUUCCUGGAGAGCUUGGCCGUGUUGGACCAAUUGGUGACCCUGGGAGAAGAGGACCACCUGGCCCCCCUGGCCCUCCCGGACCCAGUGGAACCAUUGGCUUUCAUGAUGGAGAUCCAUUGUGUCCCAAUUCCUGUCCACCAGGUCGCUCAGGAUAUCCAGGCUUACCAGGCAUGAGGGGUCAUAAAGGGGCUAAAGGAGAAAUUGGUGAACCUGGAAGACAAGGUCACAAGGGUGAAGAAGGUGACCAGGGAGAACAGGGAGAAGUUGGAGCUCAAGGACCUCCAGGAGCGCAAGGAUUACGAGGCAUCACUGGCAUUGUUGGGGCCAAAGGGGAAAAAGGUGCUCGGGGCAUAGAUGGAGAACCUGGGCCCCAAGGGAUUCCUGGUGCACCUGGUGAUCAAGGACAGCGAGGACCUCCAGGAGAAAUAGGUCCCAAGGGAGAUAGAGGGCCUCAAGGUUCUAGAGGAAUUCCUGGCCUCCCUGGGACCAAAGGAGACACGGGCUUGCCAGGUGUGGAUGGCCGUGAAGGGAUACCUGGAAUGCCUGGAACAAAGGGUGAACCAGGGAAGCCUGGGCCUCCUGGUGAUGCGGGAUUGCAGGGCUUACCUGGUGUACCUGGAAUUCCUGGUGCAAAGGGUGUUGCUGGUGAAAAGGGUAACACAGGUGCUCCAGGGAAGCCUGGUCAACUGGGGAAUUCAGGCAAACCGGGUCAACAGGGGCCUCCAGGAGAAGUGGGACCUCGAGGACCUCGGGGGCUUCCUGGCAAUAGAGGGGAAGUAGGACCAGUGGGACCCCCAGGACUACCAGGUAAACUGGGUUCUCUUGGUAGUCCUGGCCUCCCUGGCUUGCCUGGCCCCCCUGGACUUCCUGGAAUGAAAGGUGACAGGGGAGUAGUUGGUGAACCUGGUCCAAAAGGUGAACGGGGUUCCUCUGGUGAAGAAGGUGAAGCAGGAGAAAGGGGUGAACUUGGAGAGAUAGGAUUACCUGGACCAAAGGGAUCUGUGGGUAACCCUGGGGAGCCUGGCUUGAGGGGGCCUGAAGGAAGUCGGGGGCUUCCUGGAGAGGACGGACCCAGAGGACCGCCUGGACCACGAGGUGUGCAGGGAGAGCAGGGUGCCACUGGCCUGCCCGGCAUCCAGGGUCCUCCAGGUAGAGCACCAACAGAUCAGCACAUUAAGCAGGUUUGCAUGAGAGUCAUGCAAGAGCAUCUUGCUGAGAUGGCUGCUAGUCUCAAGCGACCGGACUCAGGAGCCUCUGGACUCCCUGGAAGGCCUGGGCCCCCUGGUCCCCCAGGACCUCCUGGAGAGAAUGGUUUCCCAGGCCAAAUGGGACUUCGUGGCCUCCCAGGCAUUAAAGGCCCCCCUGGUGCUCUUGGUUUGAGGGGGCCUAAAGGUGACUUGGGAGAAAGGGGGGAACGUGGCCCUCCAGGAAGAGGUCCUAAGGGCUUGCCCGGAGCUACAGGUCUCCCAGGUGAGCCUGGUCCUGCCAGCUACGGGAGGAAUGGCCGGGAUGGUGAACGAGGCCCCCCAGGGGUGGCAGGAAUUCCUGGUGUACCUGGUCCUCCAGGCCCUCCUGGCCCUCCUGGGUUUUGUGAGCCAGCCUCCUGCACCAUGCAGGCUGGGCAACGGGCGUUUAGCAAAGGGCCUGACCAGUGAAAAGCUUAGUGCUGCAUGGCUGUCUGCAAAAACCAUGUCUGGCAAAGGAGCUUGGGGGAGAAACACCACCGAAGCCAAGGCAAAAGACGACAAUGCAUUACCUUCAUUGUUAUUACAUGUCUUAUUUGACAGAUUUAAAACAAUGGUGCUAUUCAAUAAAUGCUCUUCCUUUUCCCUUGGAGGGGAGACAGGAGAGUCAUCAGAUUAAAAAAAAAAAAAAAGAAAAAACAACAAAAACCUAAAACCCUUCCUUUAAAUAAAUUUAUAAUCCUAUUCCCAGGAUGUUGAACUCUAGUGUGCUGUACACAUGUGACACAUCAUGGGCCUUUGUGCCAAUAAACAAGAACGACUGUUUGGUUUCCCUUAGCUGUAGUAGUUAUUUUCAUUUUUUAUUUAGCUGUUGUUCUCAGAUUACUGUUUCGGUUAUACAGAGGAUUAUCAGACUAGUUAGGAAGAAACCUCAUAGUAGUCAAUAGAACUGGUGCUUAAAAUGCCCAUCAUUGUGUCCCCUUGGCAGUGGCAAGAGCAUGCUGGGCCGCACGCAAUGAUUUCCUAAUGGCACGUGUUGGUUUUUGUAGUCAGCCUGGAUUUUUGUUGAACUGUACUGUGUCCCAAACCCAUUAAUUUUUCUUAGCUCUUCUAUGUGAAGCAAAGAA